UAUGGGCUCACCACAGGCUAAUGCUGCAAACUUCCCAGUGGAGCCCAGUGUACAGUCACCACCAUUUUACCAAAUGUUCCUGAAGGGACAACCAAAAGCUCUAGGGGCUGUUCAAAUCGCUUUGGGAUUUGUGCAUUUCCUAAUAGGCACUGUGCUUCUCUACACAACGAAUGCUUACACUUCAGUGGUUGCAUAUUGCUACAUUGCUUACUGGGGAGGAGGCUUUUACAUUAUUUCUGGAUCAUUGGUAGUUUCAGUAGCAGACAAAAAAACUCUUGGCCUGGUGAAAGGAGCUUUAGCCAUAAACUUGAUCAGCGGUCUAAUAUCAUUGGCUGAGUUCUCAUUGGUCAUAAUUGAUAUAGUACAUCCUUAUUAUUACUAUUAUGGGCCAUGUUAUACAAAUCCAUGUACUAUAUUCGAAAAUACUAUCUUCAUUAUCAGACUGAUCACUCUUAUCCACCUAGUGUUCAUUGCUGCUCUACAAGUCAGCAUGUCGACUACAGCCUUUGCAUUUGGUAUUCGCUCACUGAAACAGAAGACUCCUGAUAUACCAGAGGUCAUUGUGGUACAGAACAUGUACCAGAUCCCAGCUGUAAUGCCAGAAGUCAGUGCCCAACCUAAAUACUGA